AUGCAGCCAAGCUCCUCGUCGUUUCAUCCUCAUCACUUUACUUGUGAUACAACGAGAUACUCUGAAGAACAGGUCGCUUGUAUUUGUGAGGCAUUGACUAAUGAUGCUGGUAAAUUGUCUCAAUUCGUCUGGACCACACUGGAACGAGAUGAAAUGCGGAACAACCAAUACAUUCUGAAAGCGCAAGCCUUCCUUGCCUACCAUUCUAACAAUUUCAAGGAACUGUACAGAAUCAUUGAAACCCAUCACUUUGCAUCAGAACAUCACCUAUCACUCCAGGAAUGGUGGCUGAAUGCACAUUAUCACGAAGCUGAAAAGAUCAGAGGGAGACAGUUGGGAGCGGUUGGGAAGUAUCGUAUUCGAAGAAAGUAUCCACUGCCCAGGACGAUUUGGGAUGGCGAGGAGACUAGUUACUGUUUUCGAGACAAGUCUCGAGUACUUCUUCGCGACUGGUACGUUCGGAACUCAUACCCAAGUCCAAGAGAAAAACGAGAGCUAGCUGAGAAAACACAUCUGACAGUAACCCAAGUUUCCAACUGGUUCAAAAAUCGAAGACAACGGGAUAGAGCUGGAAUACCCGAGGGAAAAGACUCCUUGAAAGAUCUUGCAUUAAGUGAAGAAGAAGAUCUGAAAAUUCUUCGAAAAACGGCAUCAAAACUGUCCAACUCUUUCCAUCAUCCUGCCGACCUAACCACAUAUUCCGCCGCCGCUGCAGCUGCAACAUUUCCUGGUUUUUAUGUCAAUUAUAAUGAUAUGAUGAUUGGUGCCGGUACAUCUUAUCAAUCUUUGUAG